UGCUUUUCUGCUCCCUCUCCCUUUCCCCUCUCCACCACCACCAUCCCUUUUUGCUGCAAUUAAUUUCUCCGGCUCCCGUAACUCCAGCCAGUGUUCCGUUCGCCCCUGCCUGCCCCGUCCUCCGACGCGUCCUCGGCGGCCGCCGCAUCCUCUCCGUCCUCUUCCACUCCUCGCCGAGCGAGUCGUCCGUGGCGGAGGAGCCACGCCGUCCUCCGCCCCGCGUCCUCCUCUUUCCCCACGCAGGAACCUGCAGCAGGGCAGGGGGGCCGCCAAGCAGCACCGUCCUCCUUCGCCCGAGGCAGCGGAGAAAAGCGAUCAGAAAUGUUGCUGUCACUGCUUCUUUGUUCAAUGAAUACUCUCAUUUUGGCAUCCCUUUCAAACUCUGACCAUGAACCAGCAGGUGAUACCAACACCCUACAGGUGAUCAUCAACAACAACCAACCUGUGUUAGCUGUCUUGGGGGGUUCCCUCACUCUGCCUUGCCUCGUGUCCCUGCCUGAGCCUCUCCCCUCAACCUUCACCUUGGGGCGCCACGCUGCACUGAUUCUGCCCAGGAUCAAGUGGAGUCUGCUCUCAUCUGGUCAGGAGACAGAGAUUGUGGUGGCACAGGGGGAUCUGGUGAAGGUCAGCAAGGUCUACAAGGGACGGGCCUCCUUGCCAUAUUACACCUCCUCCCCUGCUAACCUCACCUUGCAGUUAGAGGGCUUACGGCACAGUGAUUCAGGCAUUUAUUGCUGCAAGGUGCAACAGGGCCUGGAGGACGCCCAUGACCUGGCUCCCGUCAAAGUUAAAGGUGUGGUGUUCCACUACCGGCAUGCCUCUGGCCACAACGCUUUCUCCUUCCGAGAGGCCCAGAAGGCCUGUAGGAACGCUGGGGCACACGUGGCCACCCCAGGGCAGCUCGGGGCUGCCUAUCACAGUGGCCUGGAACAGUGCCAUGCCGGCUGGCUCUCCGAUCAGACUGUGGGGUAUGCUGUCCAGCACCCUAGCCAAGCUUGUUUUGGUGACAUGGAGGGGGACCCCGGGAUGAGGAAUUAUGGAAAGCUCUAUUCCCAGAAGCGAUAUGAUGUGUACUGCUAUGUGGAGGAUAUUCCUGGCAAAGUAGUCUAUAAUUCCAGUCCUCUGCACCUCACCCUGGAGGAGGCCAAAGCUUACUGUGGCAGCUGUGGGGCUAAGCUGGCUACUCUGGGUCAGCUCUAUGCAGCUUGGAGUGACGGUCUGCACCACUGCAGCCCUGGAUGGCUAGCAGAUGGCAGCGUGCGAUACCCUGUAGUCACCCCAACAGAGCACUGUGGAGGCUCGAAGCCAGGGAUCAGGACUGUCUACCGCUAUCACAAUCAGACAGGCUUCCCUGAGCCACACAGUCGCCACGAUGUGUACUGCUUCCAAGACAAUAGGAGACCCCAAACUGACACUUCCAGGGAAUACAUGGCAGCAGAUUCCGAGAGUGUGGACCAGGACUCCCUUCUGAAAGACCCUCUUGAGGACUUUAGUCUGGGGCAGAUAUUGGAGCAGGAGAAGAGUGAGCCAGAUGGAGUCAUGGAGGUCUUCCCUGUAUUUGAGAGCUCCGUUGCUGCAACGCAGAUGAUGGAGCAGGGUACUAUCCAGGAGAUCUUCCCCGUGGAUAAUAUACAGGUUGACAUUUCUGUCCCUCUUGACUCCCAGAACCCCACUACUCCCAAAGCUACUUCCCAGACCAAGCAGUUCAAAGAGGUUUUGUCUUCUGUGCAAAAGGCCAGGGACCCCGAACACUAUCAUCCUAAACCUGAAAUUAGUCUGAAUUCAAAUGUUACUAUACCUUCCUCUGAAAAUUCUGGUAACAAUCUCAAGUCUGAGACAGUUCUGGAAACUAAUGGCCCCACGGUGUCACCAAGAGACACAGGUGUUAGCAUCACACACCCAUUAAUGCCUGAAACAAAUAAAUCUAGGGAUCUUUUUUCCUUGUCUGGGGGAUCUGGUGGUAACCAUGGGCGCUAUCAUCCCUUGUCUGAAAAAAAUCGGGAAUCCAUUGACCCUGAAACUUCAGCUGGAAACAAUCAACAAUAUGACAAGUCUAAUACUAAUUUGGAUACUUCUAUCUCAUCUCUGUCAUAUAAUGAAUCUAAAGGCUUCAAACAUUAUCCGCCUGUUACUGGGACAAAUCUGGUAACCUCUGACCUUUCUAAGUCACAUUAUGACAUUUUAGAAAGCAGAUCAGGCAGUGAAAUGGUCUUUGACAAUUCAGAGGACAACUCCAGCUUCUCCAAUGCCUCUGUGACGGCACACCUUGAAAUUGGUACUGUCACACCUCCACUUAGUUCAUCUGAGGAGCCGGGGACAAGCAUGUCUCCUGCCAGCCCAACGUCCUGGUAUGACAUCCCUCCUGGGGAAAAUAAUCAUGGCAAAGGAAAACUGGCAAAAAUAAGUGAAACUUCUACAUCUGCCUCGACCCCACAUGGCGACUGGGAUCUUCAUUCAGAGCUGCCCACACCUUCCUCAGAGUGGAAUGCUACAACACCAUACUCUCCGCUGAAUCAGACAGAAGUGUCAAUUCCCAGCUUGUCUCCCUCAGGAUCAGUAGUUACCUGGUCUGACGUUGAGGUACGGUCUGGCAAAAAAAAUGCCCCCGUGUCAGAAAAGCUCAAGGACUUGGUCACUUUAGAACCUUUAGAUAUAGACUUGAUUGUUCCUUCGGAAGAUAUCCACACAUCGGCACAUAGCAGCUCGACUCUCAUUCCUCAAGUCUCCGGGUCCACGCAACAGCAGUCUGGUAUAUGGCCAGACUCCAGUUCCUCGGAGGAGAAGCAGGUGGAGCAGGAAGCUGUUGGGACAUCAGUGCCACCAUCUGUUGGAGACCCCACUGGACCAGCUGGUCUAGGGUCACCCACCUACCCUUCUAUUACAUUUGAUCCAAUUCACCCUUAUCCACAAGGGAGAGCAGAAAAUGAUACAGCUUCUCCUUUUCCUGUAGGCCAGGAAAAGAUAGAGACCCUGGGUGAAUCAUUGGAGUCAUCAGUAGAAGGGUCCUUUGGAUCUGCUGUUACCUCUGAUGAAAUGCAAACAUCCCAAAUGAACAGGUCAGCAGAUAUUUCCUCAGGUGUGGACUCCACACAGCAGCAGUCUGGCAUUGGGUGGACAGGCUUCUCCACUCCUGUAGAGGAUACAGAGGCAUCAGGGCAGCAGUGGGUGGAAAUGUCCUUUGGUUCAGGUGACCUUGGAAGCAUCUCAGACUUGGGACUGAUUUCUGUAGACAUGGAAAGUGUCUCAUCUGUAUCUUCUGGGGAUGGAUCCAGUGAAUUUUCUGGGGACCAGGAAAUGCUCAGACCUGGUGGCUUUCCUGUCACGCUGAUGACUUCUCCUGCCCCUUUCACCCUGCCUGGACCCAGCUCGCCCUUUGGGGCAGCAGAGGUAGAAGCUAGUGGACCCAGUUACAUUCACUUGCCAGAAGUUGUCAUCUCAUCUGAGCUGGAGAACUCUGGAAUGGAGCAGACUGAGCAGGAAGAGUUCAGUGAAACUCAUGAUGUCACGUUUCCCGCAGUGACCUGUACAGAUGAGAAACUCUCCAGUCAAGAGGGAGUUACGGUGCGAGGGCACUCUGAGAUGACGUCUGUGGAAUUUCUAGGACCUUCUGCGGAGCCUGAGCAGCUCUUGCCAUCCACUUAUUCUCCAGGAGAGGCCUCUGAAAUAAAUCAAGACACCACCAUCACCGAACUGCCCGAGUCCCCAUUUCCGUCUACCACUAUUGCCCCAACCACUGAUUACACUGAUGAACCCUAUGAAGCCACCCCUGCUGUCUCCAUGUCCCACAGGUCCAUAGGACCCAUGGCCACAGGGGAGUCUACACUUUACCCUGAUAGCACCCAGAGCCCUAGCUGGGGUAUAGAGGCCUCUUCAACAAUACUCCAGGAAUCCCAUACAAAAGCAAAAUACAUCCCAAAGCAUCCCAGUGUGACCCAGGUCUUUGAACCUGAAUUCUCAUCCAUUACAUCAGGAUAUCCCACUAGGUCCAUCACAACACCAUCGGCCCUUGAAAGUCAAAAGUCGUACGCCUCUGCAGGACCGGUAGAUUCAGUUUCUCCCGAAGAGGACAUCUUCCAACAUUUUACUGCUUCUUCCCCUUUGGAGGAUACAGAGCAACCUGAGAUAAAAGUUGUCCCCACCCAACCAUCCACUUUUCCUACUCUGCCAAAAGAAAAGGCAACAGUAGGAGGAGGGGGAAGUACUUCAGGUGCCUGCCUUGAGAACCCCUGCAUCAACGGGGGCACUUGCGUGGAGGAGGGAGGCUCCUCUGGGUGCCUCUGUCUACCCACCUACGGCGGGGACUUCUGUCAGACUGACCUGGAGCCCUGUGAGGUCGGCUGGGAGAAGUUCCAGGGCUUCUGCUACAGGCACUUCACAGACCGCCAGGGCUGGGAGGUGGCGGAACAGCAAUGCCGCACCUACGGGGGUCACCUGGCAUCCGUCAUGAGCCCCGAGGAGCAGGACUUCAUCAACAAUAACUACAAAGAGUACCAGUGGACUGGACUCAACGACAAGACCUUGGAGGGAGACUUCCGCUGGUCCGACGGAAACCCUCUGCUGUAUGAGAACUGGUACAAUGGGCAGCCUGACAGCUACUUCCUGUCCGGAGAGGACUGUGUGGUGAUGGUGUGGCAUGAUGGGGGCCGCUGGAGCGACGUGCCCUGCAACUACCACCUCUCUUACACCUGCAAGAAGGGCACCUCCUCCUGUGGCGAGCCGCCCGGUGUCCCUAACGCUAGGGUGUUCAGUAAGCUGCGGCAACGCUACGAGACGGGCUCCAUGGUGCGCUACUACUGCACCGAGGGCUUCCUGCAGAGGCACGACCCCGUCAUCAAGUGCCUGCCUAGCGGCCAGUGGGAGGAGCCUCAGGUCACCUGUGUCCCGGUGUUAGGGGACCCAGCAGGGCACCAGCAGGUUAUGACACCUUUCGCCCAAAGCGAAGAGGAGGCUUUGGAGGACACGGCUAAGGAGAAGGUCACACCAGAGUUCUGGGAUAUCAAGUGGAACUUCUAGACCCCCGUUGAGAGCUCAUUGCUUCCCAUCUUUAACACAUUUUCCUUAAACUGUCCUGCCUGAAUCAAGUGGGAUUUUUUAAUUGUUCUCCAGCAAUUAUCUGGAAAGGAUCUAAUUGGCAUGUUUUUUUUUUUUUUUUCCUCUUAAUGACAAUGCUGUAUGUAAUUUAGGAGCACAAUGUAUGUUGACAGAAUGUCUGUUAUUUAGAAGCACAAGGUGUCUGCCUUGGAUAAAUAUACAGAAUGUGACUUUUAAAUUUUUUUUGCCAAAUUCUACUUUAUGGAAGGCCUUACCUGGAUGGAGAUGAAAUGUUAUUACACCAAAAAAGCAUUAAGGGAAUAUGGAUAGCAAGUGUUUGUGACUCUUAAAUGAUUUUUCUAAAGCUAUUGUACCUUGCUUG